UUCCCCCGAUACAGACAAGGUGUCCAGAUUCAGGAAAUUAAGAACUGCAAUGACAACUUCCCUCCAAGAAUACAAGCCAAAUCUGUGUUGUAUAGAAAGGGAACAGUAUUGCUGCUGUUCCUGAAUUCUCUCUGGAGAUGUGUUAUUUCUAAUCAUCCUCUCACUUGUUUAAGAUCUCAUAAGUAGAGAGAAUAUGUUUUCUCUUGUCCGGAGGUUCUCCUAGGUAGCUGUUAGGCUGAGUCUGUAUUGUCAGCGAAGGUCGUUGUACCUCAGGGGAGUGUGCUGUUAUUAAAAACGUUCACCACUGAAAAGGGUUAAUUUAAUUAAAUAUUUUCUCUAGUCUAGAAAAAUGGAUGAUGAUGGUGAUGAUAUUCCCCAGCUUUCAUCCCAUACAUUGGCCGCCCUCCAGGAGUUCUAUUUGGAACAGCAGCAGAGAGAGGGCAUGAAGACCUCCCAAGGGUUUAAUCAAUAUUCCAUUGGCUCAAUUGAAGAAGACUGGCAACUGAGCCAGUUUUGGUACAGUGAUGAAACCGCAUCACGCCUGGCUGAUGAAGCAGUUGUAGCAGCUGGGAAGGGUGGCAGGAUAGCAUGUGUUAGUGCACCCAGUGUAUACCAGAAACUGAAAGAACAGGAUGGUAAAGAUUUUUCAGUCUGUAUACUGGAAUAUGACAGAAGGUUUUCUGUAUAUGGAGAAGAAUUUAUCUUCUAUGAUUACAACCACCCUUUGAACUUACCUGAAAAUCUCCUGCCACACAGUUUUGACAUUGUUAUAGCAGAUCCACCCUAUCUGUCUGAGGAAUGUCUUCAAAAAACUGCAGAGACCAUCAAAUAUUUAACAAAAGGAAAGAUUCUGCUUUGCACAGGUGCAAUCAUGGAGGAACAGGCCAAAAAGAAUCUUGGUGUGAAGAUUUGCAAGUUUAUUCCAAAACAUGCACGAAAUUUAGCCAAUGAAUUUCGGUGUUACGUGAAUUAUGCUUCUGGGCUGGAUUGAGCCUCCUGAGAAGGUCUACAGAUUUCUCAGUCAUGCUCCUUUCUAUUUUUUAGCAGUGACUGUAUUUCUCAGUGCUGAAAUACUCAGCUCCAAGUACUGUUUUCUGGGCCAGCUUUAAUCAUGAUAGCCUCUCUCUUUUAAAUGUGUUUUGUAUCGUACAUUUUUGGUAAAUGGGGACCAAACAGCACAGGUGCUAGACAAUGGAAGCUUCUCUGUUAGGGGUUCAUUCAAACUGUCAGGUUUUACCAUUCAAGGACUCUUCAGUGACCCCUACAAAGUGAUUUUAGCUGGUUGGUGUAUAACAACACACAGGUGCUUGCCUGACAGUCACUGGAGUCAUCACUGCAUCAGAACUGAUGACUUCCUAGCUAGUGGAUGGUUGAAAGAGCAUGACUAGUGGUCUCCUUUCAAUCUUGAGAGAUGCUCCCUGAGUAAAAGGCUUGAGAGAUGUUUGUUCUGAAUAUGUCAUGUGUUUUCAGAUUCAUUAGCCAGCAGGCUGAGGUUUUUAUAAAGAAUAAUUGGAAGAGAAAAUAGGUCUCCUUCUGAAGAGGCCUCUCCCAUUACUUUUAAUAAUCAUCAGAACUACCCAGCAGUUGCCAAGUAAGAUAAGAAUUAUUCUCUCACUAUCGUUGCCAGACUGGCUUUUUAAAAUAUUGUGGUUAUUAUUUCACCCUGCUUUGUCACAAACCCAGACUUUCUUUUUGUGAAAAGAUCUAUUUUGUCAUCACUUACACCAUACAAACUCGUGUACAUAUGCAUACUGUACUAAGUCAUUACACAUCUCCUUGCAGAAGCACAGUGCAUUUAUUUUGUGGUGUUUAUGUGUUAGUGCAACAGAAAGUCUUU